AUGUCUGCUCUACGCUACCGCCUUUGGCGGGCACUGGAACCUCUCCAGCAUGCAGGAGCAGCUGCUCAAGCUCCUCGCGUCCAAAUAACCACCCAAGCCCUGUCCAACCCCAUUACCAAGCGCGCAAUCAGCUCCAGCUCAACGCGCCCCCAAGUCUCCCAAAGCAACACCGCAAAGCCAACACCACCAGCCCAAACACCGCGCACCACGACCGUCACCCCAGCUCAGCCCCCUCAGACCGCUGCAGCAACCCGCACUCCGGGGCCGACACCCAACCGUGCAACGACAGAUAACAUCUCCAAGAGCGGACUCUCCGAUCAACCUUUGGAGCUCGAAAACGCCACAGAAGACAGAAUCGACUGGACGCGCUCUUUCCACGGCCUCUCCGCCGCACCAUUUCCCAAGGAAGCGGCGGACAUCCUCAUGGCCGAACCAGACCCCGAGGAAGUGGAAAUCAAGCCGGAUGGAAUCCUCUACCUGCCCGAGAUCAAGUACCGGCGAAUCCUCAACAGGGCAUUUGGACCUGGCGGGUGGGGUCUUGCGCCGCGAGGUGAAAGUAUCGUGACACCGAAGUCGGUGACGAGGGAGUAUGCGCUUGUUUGUAACGGCCGACUCGUCUCUGUAGCCCGUGGUGAACAGGACUACUUCUCGCCGGAUGGUAUCCCCACCGCGACGGAGGGCUGUCGCUCCAAUGCGCUUGUGCGCUGCUGCAAGGAUCUGGGAAUCGCCAGUGAACUGUGGGAUCCGCGGUAUAUCCGCAAGUUCAAGGCGAAGUAUACGCGUGAGGUGUUUGUAGAGCACGUGGUGAAUAAGAGGAAGUCGAAGAUCUGGAUUCGGAAGGGUGAUGAUGUUGCGUACCCGUGGAAGGAGAGUAAAUAGAUGGUUUUCUGGGGGGUAGAGGAUAU